CUUCUCGUCCCGCGAUUGGCGAGAAAGGUUUCGCGAGUCACGUGGACAAAGUUCCGUCGGCCUCGGCGAUCCCGAUGGCGGAAACAAUGCCUCGUUGCCGCUGCUGCUGCUUCCAGCUCGACUUCCGCGUAUGGUGGAGAAAAUUCCGUCCGCCAUGGUCAUAUCGAUCGCGGAAGCAAUUUCGUUGGUGGUUCCGCCCGUGUUGCCGCCGCCGUUGCUUAUUCCGGGUCAACUUCCGCGUCUGGCGGAGGAAAUUCCGUCCGGCGUGGCUGUAUCGAUCACGGAGACGAUUUCGUUGGCGCUGCCGCACUUGUUGCUGCUGCCGCCGCCGUCGCUGCUCGUCGCUCGUUUGGCGAUUCCAGCUGCCGCAGCGGUCUCGAUUGCGGAAGAAAUUCCAUCACUGUUGCUUUCAGCUCGGCUCCCGCAUCUGGCAGAUUC